CGUUGCUGGGCCCCUUCCUCCCUCCCCGCCCAGAUAGGUGUUCGAAGUACGCAAAUGAUCCGACCGACGCAUAUCAUUAUCGACACUCUGGCAACGGAUCCCGAAGGACGCACCCGGGCACCGAAGAACAUGCAACUAUGGGGCACUGUAGAUGGCCAGACGAACAUGCGGCUAUUCAAGACGCUACCCGCUGAUGCGGGCAAACCCGUUCGACCAACGAUUCAUAAGGACGUACGUUGGGUGCUCUUAGGCUCCCCUGUUUACGACAUUCACAACCGCACUCGGGCACAAUCGUUUCCACUCUCCCGUGAGUUCGUGGACCUGGGGAUGACUUUUGGAGUCUUCGCACUGGAGAUCGUGGACAAUUGGGGGACACCUUCUAUGUCGACGUGCCUAUCGGGUGUGUGGAUUUACGGAACUCCCCCGUAG